GCGGGAGGGCGGCACGUCCGCUCCUCCGCCCGCGGCCCGCCGGACCAUGGAGCCGGGACGGGCCGGCUGCCUCCUGCUCCUCCUGCUGCUGCCGGCGCUGGCAGCGGCCGCGCCGGGCGAGUUCGACCCCUACCGCGUGCUGGGGGUCGGCCGGAGCUCCAGCCAGGCCGACAUCAAGAAGGCCUACAAGCGGCUCGCCCGGGAAUGGCACCCUGACAAAAACAAGGACCCAGGAGCAGAGGACAAAUUCAUCCAGAUUAGCAAGGCCUAUGAGAUUCUCUCCAAUGAGGAAAAGAGGGCAAACUUUGAUCGCUACGGAGAUGCUGGGGAAAGCCAGGGCUUCUCUCAGCAUCAGCACCGCCAGUUCCACCGCUUCCACGAUGGCUUCUAUUUUGAUGAGUCCUUCUUCCAUUUCCCUUUCAAUUCCGAGAGGCGUGACACCUCCGACGACAAGUAUUUGCUCCACUUUUCCCACUACAUCAAUGAAAUCGUGCCAGAUAGCUUCAAGAAACCUUACCUCAUUAAAAUCACCUCAGACUGGUGCUUCAGCUGCAUCCACAUCGAGCCCGUGUGGAAGGAAGUUGCUCAGGAAUUGGAGGCUCUGGGAGCAGGAAUCGGCGUCGUUCACGCGGGGUACGAACGGCGCCUCGCCCACCAUCUGGGUGCCCACAGCACUCCAACCCUGCUGGGGCUCAUUAAUGGGAAAAUAACCUUCUUCCACAAUGCUGUUGUUCGGGAAAACCUGCGGCAGUUCAUGGAGAACCUUCUGCCAGGGAAUCUUGUUGAAAAGAUUACAGAUAAAAACUACAUCCGCUUUCUGUCCCACUGGAGGAAAGACAACAAGCCCCACGUGCUGCUCUUCGAUCACAUGCCAGUUGUGCCAUUGUUAUACAAGCUGACGGCCUUUGCCUACCGAGAUUACCUCUCCUUUGGCUACGUGUACGUCGGACUGCGAGGCACCGAGGAGUUGUCCAGCCAGUACAACAUCAACGUCUACACUCCCACCAUGAUGAUCUUCAAGGAGCACAUCGACCGACCCGCUGACGUUGUGCAGGCACGAGAAAUGAAGAAGCAGCUCAUUGAUGACUUCCUUUCCCAGAAUAAGUUCCUCAUGGUGGCCAGGCUCACCAGCCAGAGGCUGUUCCAGGAGCUGUGUCCUGUGAAAAAGUCUCACCGUCAGCGGAAGCACUGCGUGGUCUUGCUUACUGAGGAAGGAGAGAAGUUUGCUGAGGCUUAUGAGGCAUUUUUGACUUUUGCUGUGGCCAACACAAAAGACACGCUGAGGUUUGUGCACAUCUACAGUGAUCGGCAGCCAGAAUUCGCAGACUCCUUGCUCAUGGAUGAGGAGAAGUAUCGUGGAAGAUCAGCUGUGGUCAUUCUGGAGAGACGCAAUAAUGCAGGGAAGAUCGCCUAUAAAGUCUUAGAGGAGGCCUGGCAAGGCAGCAAAGAGGACAACUUCAUCCUCCUGGAUCUCCUGGACCAGCUGAGGACAGACCCUGGCCUUCUGUCAUCAGAGACUGUUGUGGCAGACCUGAAUGAUGAGCUCGCUCCUAUGUUCCUUAUCCGAUGGUUCUACUCCACAGUGGACUACAUCUCAGACUGGUGGGACAGUUUGUUUCACAGUAACUGGCGAGAAAUGAUGCCACUCCUGUCCUUGCUCUUCUCUGCGCUCUUCAUUCUCUUUGGCACUGUUAUUGUUCAGGCUUUCAGUGAUUCGAGUGACACAAGGGACGCUCCACCCUCGGGGAAAGAAGAAACGGCUGCAAAGACGGAGAAGAACGACGUGAGCUUCAGCAAAGAGACUAACAGCAGGAUUCCCAAAAAGAGCUUUGUGGAGGUGACUGAGCUAACGGACAUCAACUACACCAGUAACUUGGUGCGCCUGAGGCCAGGGCACAUGAACGUCGUCUUGAUCCUGUCCAACUCCACCAAAACCCCACUGCUCCAGAAGUUCGCCCUGGAAGUCUACAUGUUCACAGGAAGCAGCUCUCUUCACUUCUCCUUCCUCAGCCUGGACAAGCACCGAGAGUGGCUGGAGUAUCUGCUGGAGUUUGCACAGGAUGCGGCCCCCAUCCCAAACCAGUACGACAAGCAUUUCCUGGAGCGUGACUACACGGGCUAUGUCCUGGCUCUGAACGGCCACAAGAAAUACUUCUGCCUCUUUAAGCCUCACAGAUCAGGGGACGAGGGGGGAACCCUGGGAUCGUGCGAGGAUUACGAUGCUUUACAACAUGCAGAAGCCAGAGGGAAAUCCUCCUGCAGCCCGGGAUCUAGAUCCAUUAAAAACAAAUUACACAAAUUGUCCUUUUGGAUGGAACGCCUUCUAGAGGGUUCCUUACAGAGGUUCUAUAUCCCCUCGUGGCCUGCACUAGACUGAGGAAUUUUACAGAGAUUCUAAGGGGACAAACUUUUUAUGAAGAUGACAAGGGACAGCUCUUUCCAGGAAUACUCAAGCAAGCUUGAUGAAUGGACUUUAGGUUUUAGAUGAACUUUCCUGGGGCCGGCAAUUAGAACACACCUCCCGUCUCUGGAGCCCGGGAGCGCAGCCAAGCGCGCCCGUGUGCCCUCCGCCGCCCCACCGUGCGUUUGGACGCUGUACAACCCCAGAGCCAAGAAGUCCAUUGUGCCCCUCUCGUCCUGCCACGUCUGCUUCCCGAGUCGCCCCCAUCCCACCUCUUGUUUUACCUCAGUUGAAGAAAUCCGUGACCUCCCUGGGUCUGGACCAGCUGUGGCCAGUGGUGCAGGCCGGGUCAUGGUACUCCCUCCCCGUCCCCGUGUGCUUAGCCCAUGGUGCAUGGUGUAACUCUGGCAAGACCCUGCAGACUCUCCAGGCCCUGCCCUUCCGAAAGGCCUCCUCCCACCAGGCAGUGGUACUCUCUCGGCUUUCCCCAUGGUAAGUGAUGCAGAAUCCGGUUAGGAGCAUCUCCCUUGUAGCAGACCUUAGCUGGGAGCCCCCCAUAGUGCAGGCUCGUGGGCGAUCUGCAUGUUUCAUGCUCCUCGUGUCAUGGUUCC